AUGAGUCAUUUUCCUUUGCCUCAAUAUCAUGGAGAUGCUAAGAUGUGGUUUUCACAACUGGAGUCGUUCAUUUCUUCUAACAUUCAUUCAGCCCAGAGCAAACUCCACAUCACUCUUACUGACAUUCCUUCUCCAGUUGCACUUUCAGUGCGAGAUAUGAUAACAAGAACCCCACCGGAUAUGAUGUAUAAAACCUUCAAAGCCGAGGUUUUGCAGCAUAACUCUCCCUCGGCUGAGAGUAAAUUUCGCACACUCUUACAGGAUGAGCAUCUCAGGGACCGAACCCCCACCCAGUUUUUACGACAAAUCCGAGAGUUGUUAGAUAGCUCAUAUGAGGGACAGGCAUUUGUCAAACAACUAUUUUUCUCAAAGAUACCUUCUAAUGUCCAGUCGAUUUUAGCUCCUAUGAUGGAACACAUGGCCCUUGAACAACUGCCAAAGUGA